AUGGUUCGCGAGGAGUUGAUCUCCUCUGCUGUGACAUUCCUGCAGGAUCCCUCUGUAGCCUCAUCCCCGAUCCAGAAGAGGGUGUCGUUUCUACAGUCUAAGAACCUCACAAAAGAGGAAAUCGAUAUCGCCAUCGCCCGCGCAGGUGAAGAUCCCUCCACAGCUACCGCAGCGCCAACCUCGGGAUACCAAUCCCCUCCACAACAGGCCGUUUACAGACCUCCUCCACCUGCCCAAGCUUAUGGCGGGUAUCCCCCAUAUGGCCAAUGGCAGCAACCUCCCCCCGAGCCCCCAAGACGCGAUUGGCGCGAUUGGUUUAUCAUGGCUACGGUGAUGGGUGGCGUUGGCUAUGGGCUUUAUUUUGUAACCAAGCGAUAUAUUGCACCUCUGAUAGCACCUCCCACUCCUCCACAAUUAGAACAAGACAAGCAGAACAUCGAUGAACAGUUUUCCCGUGCAUUCACUCUUAUCGAGCAACUCUCCACAGAUACUGCUGCCCUGAAGACAGCGGAGGAGGCGCGCACUGAGAAGCUGGAUGCUACUUUGCGAGAUGUUGAAACCCUGGUCGCUGAAUUAAAGGCUGCGUCGCGCCGUAGAGAUGAUGAGACCCGUCGCAUCAACGAUGAGGUUAAGUCGCUAAAAGACGCCAUUCCUAAGGCCCUCGAAGGCGCUCGGGAAGGAAAUGAGAAUCGGCUCCGGGAGCUGGGUACUGAGUUGAAGAGCUUGAAGGUUCUCUUGAGUAACAGACUUGGUGGCGGCAGUGGCUCCAGCUCUCCCGUUACCCCCAAGCUGUCUGACGCAACCACUCUCCCCAAUGCCUCCGAAUCAACAUCAGCCUCCGCUACUCCUGCGACCAACGGUGUCACAGCUACUCCAUCCCAACCCGAGUCUCAAUCGUCUUCUUCUGGUCUAGCACAGACCACACAAACAACAAGCACGCCCCCUGCAACGACCAAUCCUUUGUCACGGUUUAGCAGACCUGCCUCCAUUCCUUCCUGGCAAAUGGCUGCUGCCAACCGAUCCAAGGCCACAACUCCUCCCACACCCGCUUCCACAACUGGCGACAAGCCUACUUCCGACCAGUCAACUACCGCCUCAGCCAGCUAGUUUCAGUAAUUAUAUUUUUCGUGAAGCAUACUUAUGUAGAAUUUCUUUUCCUGUCUUUCUACCUUUUGCAUUACUUUUAACUUUUAUUCUUGUCAGUCGUCAUGGCGGCGACAAAAUUCAAUUUCAUAUCAACCCGGAGCUCGCGCAUAUUGCCGUUUUUUUUUCACAAUUUGGUAUUGUAUAAAUCUCUAGAGAAGUCAUAUCGUAGCAGUUUUGGAGCAUGUGAAAAUGCGGAUCUCCAACUCUUGGCAUCAUUUCCGAUUUCGACUUUCUUCC